UCACUUUGCGAGUUAUUCUAUAAAACAUGGAACGUCGUAAAGCCUUUCGAUUUCACACUCCGUCGAGUUUGUUGAUAGCGGGUCCGUCUGGCUCCGGCAAGACGAUGUUUACCACCAAACUGCUCUUGGAGAACGGCGACUUGUUCCAAGAACCACCGAAGAGUAUUCAUUACUGCUACGGAUCGUGGCAAGAUGGCUUCAAAGAGCUCAAGAAGGGAGGUGUCAAGUUUCACGAAGGUAUACCCGACAGCGAACAGUUACCCCGAUGGUUUACUCGAGGGGUUGUUUUGGUCCUGGACGAUCUGAUGGACGAGGGUGGCAACGACAAGCGUGUGUUGGAUCUCUUCACCAAACAUUCUCAUCAUCGGAACAUCACGGUGAUUUACUUGUGUCAGGAUCUAUUCCCUAACGGAAAAUUCGCCAAGACCAUUUCCCGCAACGCUUAUUACAUCGCGGCCUUCAAGAACCCGCGUGAUCAGUUAGGGAUACGAAAUCUAUUACCACAAUCGUUUCCCACGCGAUGGCAGGAAGUGUUGGAUGCGUUUCGACAGGUCAUCGAUCGACCUUACGGUUACAUGCUAUUGGAUCUUCAUCCAGCCAGUCAGGACGAUCAACGUGUCAUCAGUCGCGUGUUAAAAGACAAGGGAUUCGUACGAUGUCAUCAGUUUGCGGCGUCGUCAUGUUGAGGAGCGAGGUCGAGUGGUUUCCGUUGUUUAUUCACCUAUGUAAAAACAGGCUCCAUUACAUCAUGAAUCCCAAUGAAAUGGACUACGAGCAGAUGAGACAGAUCACAGAAUGUGAGAGUUAUCGUAAAGUACGAUCCAUCCUGAACGCAUAUAAUGGUGAAGGUUUCGAGAGUUUGGUUCAUACACAAGAAGUACUCGCUAAGAAGAAAGUAGCAAGAGAGAAGAGAGAUGGCCUCUGGCAGUGACGAAUUCAAUUUUGAAGCUCUGGACGAUUAUUCGCCGUGGGGGUCACCGGUUCAAAUGGGGUCUCCAGUUCCAGCGACAGCGGGUGUGGGCAUAAGCCUGAACACACCUUCACCACCGUCACCGCCACCACCAACCCCAGGGACAGCGGUCGGGGUAGGCACCGCUAGCACGGGUACGUCGCGCAGCGAUGUCACGACAGGUGUGGAUAGCGCUGGCACGGGGGCAGCACGCACCAACGUCACGAUGGGAGUGGGUACGACACGUAUGUUGCGUCGAAUGGCAGGACGUUCUGCCACACCGACAGAUGACACACCUUUGGCCCGACCUACUAGAGGAGGUAAACGACCGAGACGCGUCCCACGUCAAAACACACCAUCGUCCCCCAGUGAUGCCGGAAGCCGUAGAAGAAGUAGCGCUAGUGGUAGUAGCGGUGGAAGAAGACGCGGAGGAGGCGGAGGCGGAGGUGGAGGCGGAGGUGGUGGAAGUAGUAGUGACUCCACACCUCCUUCGUCGGUUAGAUCGGGUCCUUCUCGAGGUCGAAGAAGGCGAGGAGACCGUAUUCUCAACCAAGCCCAGAUGCAGCAACAACUGAAAGAGAUUUUGAGACAACAACAACAAACGGCAGCGGGUCGUCGCAUUGCCGGUAUCACGACCACUAACACGAUCACAACCACCUAUAAAAAUGGACAACGUCCUACCUUGACACGCAAUUCGACCAGUGUACGUAACUGAGAACAACAUGAGAAGACGUCGACAGAAAAGGAGAAAGCAAUGGGGUGGUGCUCUUGCGAGUGCGUUGUCUACGUUAGCACCCAUCGGUAAAGGGGCUGCGCUGGGAUUGGUCAAAGCUUUGGGUAAACGCACCGUGAAAACAGGAAUCCGAGCUGGAACUGCCGCUACCAUUGGUGCAGCAGGGGCAGGCGUUGGUCUCGGGGUCCGAAAACUGUUGAGACGCAAGAAAAAACGACGACAACCUCGCCGAUAAAAAGAUCGACCGUAUGGAUAGACUCAUCAAUCGGAUAAAGAUGUUGAGGAGUGAAGUCAAGUGGUUCCCCUACUUCCUGCAUCUAUGCAAAUGCUCUCGCUCUUACUGGGAUGAGAGCAGUAUGGAUCACGAAGACAUGAAACGUAUCGCGGACGAGUGCGAUAGUUACAGACAAUUCCAGGAUACCCUGAACCAUUCCGUAGAAACCGCUUUCAAGGACGAGAUCUGGGAGUACGAGCAACAAGCUAAAAAGAUCUAACAUACCGAAAGAAAGUUAGAAGCUAUUUGGGACUGGUUGAAACGUAGUCAUGAGUACUUUGGUCUGUUUAUUGGAUGAACCUUUCACCACCGUGGUGGAAUUAGACUCCCUUAAACGUUUGGAUGGUUUGUAUGCUUUCUAUCACAAGUAUUGGUGGUGUCGAAGACAGAUGUUUAGUUACUACAAAUUGUGUAACGCCAUUCUCAACGGACUAGCAUUACUGGUCGUGGCCGCGAGUAUCAUCUUGGGAUCCGUGUGGAAAGAUGGGUACACGGUGGUAGGAUUGACGGCUUUCGCCACCUUACUUAAAGGAUGGAACGAUUUCAAGAAGUAUUCGUUCAAGAUGGACAUGGCCAAAUUCGCUUAUACGACUUACGAAAAGACACUGACAGAACUUAGGAACUAUGCUCUGGUUGGAGUGGAGGAAUUGGAUGGUUUUUUGACCAAGACCAAGAGUUCGAGACUACGAAAAACGAUUUCGUCACGUUCCUCUAUAAAAGCGACACGUGAUCGACUUCGUGCAUCAUUUACAUCAUGUGCGUAAGACGACGAAGAACGGUGAAAAAGAGGAAGAGGAGGAGGAGUAAGGGACAGAAAGGGGGCAUUUUUCCCUUCGCGGCUAUCUUACCCGCUCUGAUAGCCGGCGGUAAAGCCAUUGCGUUGGGUGCCGCGUCAGGGGCUGCAGGUUACGGAGCCAAGAAAGCCCUCGAAGCCGCCACUCGUAGAAGACGAUAAAAAGAGGGUGACAAUCCACCUGGACUCAGACGUCAACGAUGAGGCGGUUACGACGACAACGUCAUUUCUUGAAUAGCGUUCUUAAAGAAGCAAAUCGAAAAAAACGUCAACAGAUGUUGAAAUACGCCAAUAAAGAUCAGAUCAACGCAAUCAGCGAGAUGGUUCUCAAUUUGCUGAAAGAGAGGAUCCCCAUCAACGCAGUGACUUAUGGGAAACUGAAAAGACAUAAAAAGGUUUUGCGUGAAGUGGGUAAACGUAAAAACUCCCUCAAGCGUCGAAGAGAACAUCUCCUGAGUCAGAAAGGAGCAGGAUUCUGGAGCGGAUUACACGGUUGUUUUCGAGCAUGUUGUGUACGGUGAAAGGACGCGACGAAGACGGUUACCCGCUAGAGGGUAUCGACGUCGUGCCCAAUUUCCCGCCGAGA